GGAGGCUGCUCUCCAAAUGAGGCACUUUUUUUCCGGGGGGGUGGGGGGUGGGGGGGAAGCCUUCAUCACUGACACUCCAAUGAGACGCUGCGUGGAUCGCUUUUCGGGACUAUCGGCUUUGGAUACUCGCGUUUGUCAGCACUGAACGCUUUGGAGUAAAAAGGAGCGUUGGAUGAGCCUGGCGGGUGGGACGGCGACGGCGUUCACGGCUGGCUAUCAAGGCGGGCCGCACCAGCGAGACUUGAUCAUGGAGCAGAAAGUCGGCAAACUGACAUCCGGCUUCCAACGCAGUUCUACCUCGGAUGACGACUCCGGCUGCGCACUGGAGGAGUACGCCUGGGUACCACCUGGCCUACGGCCUGAGCAGGUCCAGCUAUACUUCUCCUGCCUACCCGAAGAUAAGAUCCCAUAUGUAAACAGUCCAGGAGAGAAGUUCCGAAUCAAGCAGCUACUCUACCAACUACCGCCGCAUGAUAAUGAGAUUCGUUACUGCCAAGCUCUCAGUGAGGAAGAGAAAAAGGAGCUCCAUAUGUUCAGCAUCCAGAGGAAGAAGGAAGCCCUGGGGAGGGGCACACCGAAACUGCUGCCUCGCAGUCGUCUGAACACCGUUUGUGAGCAUUGCGGUGAGAACAUCAACAGUGGUGAAAUGGCAGUGUUUGCAGUCAGGUCAGGUCCUGGAAUAUGCUGGCACCCGGCAUGCUUUGCCUGCUCCACAUGCAGUGAACUGCUGGUGGAUUUGAUCUACUUCUACCACAAUGGGAAGAUCCACUGUGGAAGGCACCACGCCGAGCUCCUCAAACCUCGCUGCUCAGCCUGUGAUGAGAUUAUCUUUGCUGACGAGUGCACAGAGGCUGAGGGGCGUCAUUGGCACAUGAAGCACUUUGCCUGUUUUGAAUGCGAGACAAUUCUAGGAGGCCAGCGCUAUAUCAUGAAGGAUGGACGACCCUAUUGCUGUGGCUGCUUUGAGUCUCUCUACGCAGAGUACUGUGAGGCAUGUGGAGAACAUAUUGGUGUUGACAAUGCUCAAAUGACUUACGACGGUCUCCACUGGCAUGCCACUGAAAGCUGUUUUAGCUGUGCCCAGUGUAAGAGCUCCCUCAUGGGCUGUCCAUUCCUGCCACACCAGGGUCGCAUCUACUGCUCAAAGGCUUGCAGCCUCGGGGAGGACGUGCACGCAUCCGAUUCAUCUGACUCAGCCUUCCAGUCGGCACGUUCCCGCGAGUGCCGUCGCAGCGUGCGCAUGGGCAAGAGCAGCCGGUCGGCCGACCAGUGCCGUCAGUCACUCCUUUUCUCACCUUCUGUCAACUACAAGUUUCCUGGAUUUAGUGGAAAUCCUGACGACAACAUGACCAGCAAGCUUGCCCACUUCAACUUAUCUGACGAGCAUUUCUGGAGGGGGCGUGGUGAGGAUACAGAGGCACCGGAGGAUCAAGGUGUAGAGUGGGUGGAGCAUAAAGACUACAUGACUCAGUUACUAUUGAAAUUUGGGGAAAAUGGGGUCUUCAGACAAGCAAGUGACUCCAGACCCACAGAUUUUUGGGUUGCAGAAAGAGAUGCCAAGUCCAAACAGGAGUCAUUCAAACCUGGAAGCAGUGGCGGAGAAGGGAGGGGCAGCCUCGCUAGCAAGAAGUACCAGGCUGACAUGUACUGGACCCAGUCACAAGAUGGGCUCGGGGACUCGGCCUACGGUAGUCACCCAGGCCCUGCAAGCAGCAGGAAGAUCCAAGAGCUUGAGCUCGACCACGGAGCUGGAGCAAGCAUGGAAGAGGAGUCGCAGUGGUACGGUGGCUCUUUGGAGUGCAUAUCAGACGAGUUCAAGAAGAAGGAUCCGAGUGUCCGAGACUCCAUGGACUCACUGGCCCUCUCCAAUAUUACUGGGACCUCUGUUGAUGGUGAUAAAGACAGACCUCUGGUCUAUUCUGUGCAAGGUUUCCAUGAGCUGGAGACAGAGGACUGUGAGAAAACAAGUAACAUGGGAACCCUCAACUCUUCCAUGUUACACAGGAGUACAAAUUCCCUGAAGAGCCUCGCAUCCGAGCGGGAAGUGGAGGAAAAUGUUGCUGAAGAAGAGGCGAUACAUCUUCCAGAGGAGCGACCUAAACCACAUGUCCCUGCCCUACGGAGGACACGUUCACAAGCUAGGCAGCAUCAAGUGAAAUUUUCUGACGACGUGCUAGACCGUUACGGUGACCUCCAGGUGCGACAGCCCCCGAUGAGUGAACGGACACGUCGCAGAGCGUUCCACUUUGAGGAGCAGGGCGAGGAAAAUCACUCUGGGCGCAGCCACCACCACCAUCACAGGAGGCGUCGCAGCCGCAAGUCUCGCUCUGACAACGCUCUUAACCUUUUGCCAAAAGAGAGGGCCCAAAUGGCCUACGGAAUGGACCACAGACGGAAUGUGCAUGGUCCCACGAGAGACCAAGGUUUCCAUGGACACCCACCGGCUGGCACCAUGUCAGAUUACAGGCUUCAGGGUUCAGCCAUGGGGAGGUUCUUAGAUCUGUGUGGGGAGGAUGACGACUGGUGCUCUACAUGCUCAUCCUCCUCCUCAGAUUCUGAGGAGGAGGGCUUUUUCCUCGGUCAGCCCAUCCCCCAGCCCAGGCCACUUAGACACUACUAUACUGAAGACUUGCCCAGUCCCGUGGGAGGCAUGUCUCCUCCUCCAUAUGACCAAAAGACUAAAUCCAAAAAGAAGAAAGGGCAUAAGGGUAAAAACUGUAUCAUUUCAUAGGCUUUAUUUUCUAAGUGGGGGUGUUCACAUCCUCUGCUCAUGUUCACCAUUUUCAAUUGAAAAUGGUGAAAAAGCCUGCCUGCUACUAAAUGCUAGUCAUAUAUCGUAUCAGAUUUAUUGUUAAGUGUACGCUUCUGUGGCAUUACAACCUGCUGGUAGAUUCGCUCAGUAUUUCAGAGUAAUGCAUAUUUAUAAAAAAAAAAACACACAACUUAAAUAUAUUAAUAUUAAAUGUAUAUACUGUAGAAAUAAAAAUGUGGCUAUUUUCAUACCCUUGGCUUAAUGACAUGCUAUGUACCAAAACAGCAUUAACGUUAAACUAAUGGUAUUCUCCCCCCAAAUUAAUGAAGGUGCCACACAUUUUCACUUGUGACCACAUGGUCUUUAAAUGUGUCAUUUAACUGGCUUGUGCAUCACCGGCAUACAGAAACACUUUUUUUCCAAGUAGGGGUCAUGUUUGGGUGUAAGACAACUAUUGUAAUCUGUAUAAAUGUAUAAACUGGAGUAUAAGGUUAAUAAUUGCAAUUAAAAACAACUAGAAUGUC